UUUUUUUCCUUUUUCUCUCUUUCACUUAUAGUAAAAAAAAAAGAUAGUAAUCAUGCCUCCCAUCGUGUUAAAGAUUAAAGGAAAUGAUUCAUUUCUUCCAUUCUCAAAUCUCAAUGAAGAUGAAUUAUCGAAAACAUGGAGAGUUUGUACUAAAGUAAAAGACUCUCUUGAAAAUGGUUCUAGACUUGAAAAUUUAUCUUGGAGAUUAUGGUUUAUACAGAAUGUUAUUUUGGGCAACGAUAUCAAGUCCAAUUCAAAAUUUAAAAAAUGGUCAAUAAAGACAACGGAAAAUAUGGGAAAAGCGAGUGAAGUUGCUACUGCUUCAACUUUAAAAAGAGAUACUAUUAUGCUACAAAAUGAAACGCCAGAAUCAGUAUUAAAUUAUAGUUUAGACGAAAUUAAACCAGCAAUUGGAACUGAAAACUUUAUAUUGAACCAAUUCACUUCUGACCAAGAAGGAAACCAAAUGAUCGAAUUGAAAGAUAUAUUCCCUCUUAGUAUGCAAGAAGAUUUUAUGUAUUCUAAUGAUCAAGUCAAUUUUUCUUUUAAUAAUGCAUCUUCAUGGGAACAACAGCGUUCACCUAUUUAUACCUCAAUCUAUCCCGAAACAACACUACAGGAAACGUCAUAUACUCCAAUGAUAUCAUCAACUCCAGUAGUGAAUCCUAUUUCAGGGAUUAAUUCACUAUUCUCUACUGAUCAAACAAAUAUACCUUCAAUGACAAUACCCGCAGAUAAUAAUAUCCAGCAACAACAAAGCUUUGUAGUAGAUUAUAACAAUGCAGUCUAUGUAGCUGCUGCUGCUGCAACUACCGCCGCUGCUCUAACAACUAUUCCAAAUGCUACACUUCAUAAUAAACUUUUAGCUACUUUACCGCCACAAACAUUAGCUUCUGCUGAACGUCUUUUAUCUCCAGCUAAAAGAGCCCCAACCAAUUUACAGCAGAAAAAUUUAAUGAAUUCAUCUUCUCAACAGCUCAACUUUAUACCUGAAAAUGAUUCACAUCAUAAACUUGUAAAGAAAGAAACAGAGCUAAAAGACAAACCUAUGUUGUUAAAACAGCAGCAGCGGCUGCAGCAACAGCACCAGCAACAGCAACAGCACCAGCAACAGCACCAUUAUUAUAGCACUUUUCAAUUGGAUCCUUACAGUAAUACUUUAUCAAAAACAAAACAUAAUGACAGUAAUUUCUCUUCGACUAUUUCAAACUCUACUAAUAAUGAAAAGCCGUCUAUUUGUAGCAAUUGUAAUACAACAUCAACACCUUUAUGGAGAAGAUCUACUGAUGAUAAAAUCUUAUGUAAUGCUUGUGGAUUAUAUUAUAAAUUACAUAAUACGCCAAGACCAAAGCACUUCAAGUCAUCCCCUGGGAAGAAUAAAGAUAACUGUCCUUCACAAUGUGUAACCGAAAUAGAUAAAAAAAAAAAAUCAGAAACAUCAUUAGCUGAACAAACACAACAUCAUCAACAGAAAAUAAUCUGCUCUAAUUGUGGUACAACAAAAACACCUUUAUGGAGACGCGAUAUUGAAGGUUCACCUCUUUGUAAUGCAUGUGGAUUAUAUUUAAAAUUACAUAAUGAACAACGACCACUUUCAAUGAAAACAGACGUAAUAAAAAAACGGCAACGAACAGAAACAUUAAUUGCUUCAACUGUUGCAGAUGAACAAAUUAAGAAGCCACGUUAUUUUGAUCAACAAUCACUUUAUUCAAAAGAACAGGGUACAGCAUUAGGUUAUCGAAAUAUAGCGUCUUCUUUACCCGGCACUGGUAUAUUAAUGAUGACUACUACUGUUGCCAAUAGUAAUCAUAGUAGCAGUACACGGUCAUAAAAUAACUAGUGUAAAAUUAUAAAUUAUAGAUGAAAAAAAUAAAAAUAAAAAAAAAAGGGCUGUUUGUUAAAAUUGUAC